ACUAUGUUUACCGUAUUAGGUUUUAACAUUUAGUAACUUUUAACUGGUUCCCAGAGCCACUGCAACCAACCAACCAGUUUAGAAGUUAAAAAAAAAGGAACGAAGACAACAUAGAAACAUGGCCUUGCGCCUUUAUGGACUUCAGUCGUUUACUCGUAAUUUUCGUUUAAUUGGAUGUCGUAUGAUGAGUGACGAGCUCGGGGGUGGAGCAGGUAAAGGAGGUGGAGGAGGGGGUUCAAUCAGAGAAGCUGGAGGAACAUUUGGUAAAAUCGAGGCUGCCAGAGAAGAGGAAUUUAUCAGGAGACUGAAUUCUCAACAGCUGAAGGCUUUGAAAGAUCACCUCGAUGUGGAAGUGGAUCAUCAUGAAAAGAUAAUUAAGGAACACCAGGCUGCCAUUCAGAGACACAAGAAGAAAAUAGCUGAGCUGGAAGGAAAGUCAGACUCGGACUGAUGGCCACAAAGAACUGAUUGUUAAAUAUCUGUAAAAAUAGAAACAGGAGAAGGAAAAUAGUACAGUGAUGUAUAGUGCUAAAUGAUGUGUAAAUGGUUUUGAGAAAACACUGGUGUUAUCAUUAAAAUUGUGAUAAUUAG